UAGGAGAGCCGCAGUGCCCUCCGGGACGUGAUAGGAAGUGGGUGUGUUGCUCGCGAGGUCCUGCAGGGAGUUGAGUGGAGGAAGGUAACCCGCACGCACUCAAACCUCACACGCACACGCACAAGCACCCCUCACGCAACGCACACAACGAGAACCAGUGACAAGCAAUGAAUUGAAACAAGGACCGAGUAUUUACCGCAAAAAAGACGCAAAAAUAGAGAGUGCGUUGAAAUUAGAGUGAAUCGCGGUGAGUUUUUGUGUAGCGUGGUGUGUGUGUGAGUCUGAGUGUGUGUGUGCGUCGACGCGAGGGAUUCCAACCUUAGCAGGGCUCUCGUGAUCCUUCCCUCGCAAACUUGAGCGAGUUAGUGACUGAGUGAGUGAGUGUCCCCCGCUCUAUCGAUCACAAGAGAGCGGAGGGCGACUGCAAUUACCUAAGAAUCUGAAUAACGUCGCCAGGAAGGGGGAGAAAAAUAAGACAAAGGGAAGAAGAAGGUGGGAAGGGAACAAGGAAGGAAGGAAAGAAGGAAGGAAGAUAGGAGCCAGCCAGCCAGCCAGCCACUCCAAUACAAGGCUUUCAAUAAGGUUUCUGUUGAUCUACUGCCGUGUGUGGGCUUCAGUGCCCCUGGGAUGGUGGCGCGGCGCUGAGUGGUGCCGGAAGGAUGCUGACGGCGUGGGUGGCGGCGGUGUGGGCGGCGGCGUGGGUGUGGCCCUCACCGGCUGCCGCCCAGCGUGGGGUGGAGGCCACGUGUCCCAGCUGGGAGGACAACCCGCAGUGCAUUUGUUACACGCGGGGUGGCGUGGUGCUGGAGUGCCCCUCGGUGCCUCUGGCGGCGGUGGGCCAGGAGGUUGGCAACGUGCCGGGGCCCAUCUCCUUCCUCAGCCUGUACAACAUUGACCCCAAUGUCACCACGCUGCCGCCGGGACUGUUCACUCGCAGCUCGGGCGUGGCCAGCCUGCAGGUGUCCCAUUCAGCCGUGCGGGGUCUCGCCGAGGACAGCCUGGAGGGGCUGGAGACUUCGUUGGACCACCUUACCGUGAGCCACUGCCAGCUGUCCGCCGUGCCGCACGCCGCGCUGCUCAGGCUGCGCCAGCUGCACCACCUCAGUCUGGAGGCAAACAACAUCACAGAGCUGCAGAGCUUCGUGUUCUCCAAGCUGAAGCUGCACACACUCAACCUCAAGGGCAACAUGAUCAGCCUCAUCUCAGACUACGCCCUGGACGGCCUCGAGUCGUCCCUCCAGGAACUCAACCUGGAGAACAACGACCUCAAGGCGUUGCCUACGGACGCCCUUAAGAGCAUGGCCGCCCUCAGGACGCUGCGUGCCGCCUGGAACCACGUCAAGGAGUUGGACCUGCCCGCUUGCUCUCUGGCGGCGCUGCAGGAGCUGGACCUGAGCAGCAACAGUGUCCGGAAGAUCAAGAGUAAGAGUGUGGCGGGGGCGCCGGGCCUCGCGUCCUUGUCCCUCUACAUGAACGCCAUCGCUAGUGUGUCCAAGAACGCCUUCAAAGAGAAUCCUGCCCUGGAGACUCUCUUCCUGGGCAACAACGACAUCCAGGAGCUGGACGCCGAGACCUUCCUGCACAACCCCAACAUUCGCAUCAUCGACCUCAGCAACAACAACCUGCACAACAUUGACGGCGGUCUGUUCUCCGACCUGCCUCACCUGCAGGAGCUGGUGCUUGCCUCAAACAACAUCCGGGAGGUGACUCGCCACACCUUCAGGAAUUCGUCCAGCCUGCAAGUUCUGAACCUGGAGCACAACGCCAUUCGCUUCGUGGAGGAGGACAGCCUGUGGGAGCUGCCGCAGCUGCACACGCUCCUGCUCAGCCACAACAACCUGCAGGAGGUGAGCCCGCGCCUGCUGAAGGCCAACACCGCCCUGCAGGUGCUCAAGCUGGACCACAACAGACUGGGGAAGUUGCACGAGGACACCUUCAGCAACAACACCGCCCUCACCACGCUGCACCUCAGCCACAACGAACUCACCACCGUGGGAAGGACAGUCUUCUGGCGCCUCACACUCUUACAGGAGCUUCAUCUGGAGAACAACAGGAUCCAGGUGGUGGCCCCGGCAGCCUUCUCAAGCCUGGCUCACCUGCAGACCCUCACCCUACAGGACAACGACAUCACCACCCUGCCGGAGUUCCUCAGCACAGAGGAUACCGCCCUCCGUCAGCUGAGGGUGUCUGGGAAUCGUCUGACCAGCUUGCACCCGCAGCUCCUGCAGGGGCAGGGCAGCCUCGACCAGGUGUGGCUGGACCGCAACAACAUCUCGGUGGUGGUGGAGGGCGUGUUUGGGGAGCUGCGGCGGGCGCGGCAGCUGCACCUGGAGCACAACCACAUCGUACAGAUCCAAGACAACGUGUUCUCCAACAUGACGCACCUCCGCAGACUCUUUCUCUCCCACAACUUUGUGGAGACCAUCGGCAACGACACCUUUACCGGUCUGGCCUCACUGCUCGAGCUACGCCUCGAUAACAACGCCAUCACUGUGAUCGAGACGGACGCGUUCCGCGGCCUGACGCGGCUCGACACCCUCGACCUAUCUGGCAACACCGUGUCGGUGGUGCAGCGGGAUCAUUUCGUGACGGAGCUGCCCAUCAGGAGCCUCAGGUUGGACGGGGCGGGAGUGGCGGAGAUCGAGGAGGGCGCCCUGGAGGCCCUGGCCAGCCUGGAAACCCUCAGUCUGCGUGACAAUGAGCUACGAGCGCUGCACCCUAACUUCCUGCAGCUGACACAGCUGCGGCACCUUGACCUGGCCGGCAACCCGCUAAAAGAUGUCAACAGCACCAGUCUGGCAGGCCUUCCCAACCUGGAGAGCCUCGAUCUCAGCCGCUGCGGCCUCGCUGAGCUGCCCGACAACCUGUUCGACUCUAGCAUGUCCCUGCGGAGCCUGAGCCUCGCUGGCAACAAGCUGACACACCUCAAGGCCGCUGCCUUCGUUGGCCUCUCAGACCUGACACAGCUGGACUUGUCUGACAACAGCUUGGGUCUCAGCAGCUGUCGCGCCGUACUAGUCACGCCCCGCCUGCAGCAGCUAACCCUCAGUGGGAACCCGACGCGGGAGUUGUGUCCAGCCCUGGCAAAGCUUGAGGAUCUGCGGGAGCUGCGGGCUGCUAACGUCCUCAUGACGGAGGUGCGGCCUGACUCCCUCGCUGAGCUGCGACACCUUCAGCUUCUCGACAUUUCCACAAACCUUCUGACGGAGGUGCCCGUCGGUAGCUUCCUGGGAUCGUCGCUCCGCACCCUCAGCUUGGCGGACAACCGUCUGGAGCAGCUGCCGGACGCACUGUUCUUUGACCUGCCCGGGGCGCUGCAGAGCCUCAACAUCUCCGGCAACCCGUUGCGGCGCCUGGUGGGACCCAUGGUGCCGCAGGACGCGUCGCUCUCCGCCCUGCAGCAGCUGGAGGCCACGCACACCAACCUGUCAGUGGUGACCAGCCUGGAGCUGUCCCACCUGCCCGGCCUGCGCUCCCUCAGCCUGCGCAACGGCCUCAUCGCCAAGGUGUCCCCGGGGGCCUUCAAGAGCCUCACGCAACUGGCCCACCUAGACCUCAGCCACAACCAACUCAAAGUGCUGCCGCCUGAACGCCUCCGCGGCCUGGGCCAGCUGGUGCGCCUCAACCUCACCUACAACAGACUGGAGAAGCUAGACCAGCUGCCUGCCGACGCUUCGAACCUCAAGGUACUGGACGCGUCGAGCAACGUGCUGACGGAGCUGCGAGAGGGAGCGCUGCGCCACGCCGCUGCGCUGGAGGAGGUGGACCUGAGUGACAACUUUAUCACCUCGAUCCACACCCGCGCCUUCACCAACCUGCCGCGCCUCGCCAUGCUGGACCUCAGCCACAACAUGGUGGAGGUGCUGCGGCCCGAGGUGCUGCAGCCCGUAGAGCGCUCCCUCAGGAGCCUCUCCCUGCACGGUAACUCAUUACAGUGCACGUGCGAGGCGGUGGACCUGUGGGCGUGGCUACUCAACCAUCCCGAACAGGUGACCAACCCUCGGGACCUCACCUGCGAGCUGCCUCAGGGUCUGGAGGGGCGCGCCUUCCUGCUGCUUCCGUCGUCGGCGUUCUGUCCCCAGCCAGUGGUGAUGCGCCUCGCCAUUCAGGACAUCCAGAGCCAGUCACUGCUCGUGUCCUGGCAGGCCACCAACUCAUCCGCUGUGUACGGCUUCAAGGUGACGUACCGCGCAGCUGACGGGAGCACCACGCAGUCCUCUCCGUCUCUGUCCCUCGGGUCUCGUACCUUCCUGCUGGAGUCGCUGCAGCCCGCCACGGAGUACGAAGUGUGUGUGCACGGCCUCACACGCUCCCUCGCCACGCCGCACGCCCCUACACGACCCCACGCCCGUGCCCACACCAUCGCCGCGGCUUACGACAAGGCCGACCACCAGGAUAAUGGGGUGCGCUGUGGAAGGGGCCAGACGCUCCCGCCCCCCGCCGCCCCAGCCACAGGACCCGCCGGCAUCAGUCUGGGCCUUAUCCUGGGGGCUACACUCACCGCUGCUCUACUACUGGGGCUGGUGGUGGCCCUCAUUUGGUACAGGAAGUGUGGACCAGGGAACCAAGCCAGGGAUAAGAGGAAUGGUGCCCCGCCUGACUACUAUACCCAGUACCAAGCACGCCACCCACAUCCCCCGCCCUACAGGGAUGACGAGUUUGCUUGUUAGACUUGGUGAUGUAAUGGUGACUUCUGCUCAUCACCACGAGUCUAUAUCAGAAUGUACUUGGUGAUGCAUCGAUGGUGACUGACUUACUCUCAUGCCUUUCUUUACUGUGGUGAUGAACUGGCGUGUUAAAUUUGGUGAUGUGAUGGUGACUUCUGCUCAUCUUGUACCUGCGUGUCUUGGUGAUGCAUUGAUGGUGAUUGACUUAUCAUCAUGCCUAUGUACUGUGGUGGUGAGUUGGCGUGUUAAAUUUGGUGAUGUUGUGAUGGUGACUUCUGCUCAUCACCACGAGUCUAUAUCAGGGUGUGCUUGGUGAUGCACUGAUGGUGACUGACUUAUCAUCACGACUAUACUGUGGUGAUGAUUUGGCGUGUUAAAUUUGGUGAUGUGAUGGUGACUUCUGUUCCACGCCUGUGUACCGUGAUGAUGAAUUUGGCUGUUAGACUUGGUGAUGUAGUGAUGGUGACAUGCUCAUCACCACGCCUUUCAGUACCAGGAUGACAAGAUUCCCUGUUAAUGUGGUGACUUGGUGACUCUCCCGGUACUGGUGAUGCUGACGGACAUGUACUAGUGGUGACCUUGAGUACUGGUGAUCUGUGGUGCUGGUGAGUGAAUCGUGGUGCUGGUGACCUUGCUAGUGAUUCGUGCUGUGUUGUGUUGUGCUGGUGACUUCAAAUACGGUGCUGGUGACCUCAAUUAAUAGCUAUAGUGACCUUCUACUGGUGACCCCUUGUAUUGGUGAUUGAAGUGAAGGAAAGCGAAGGAAUGGGAGAAAAAUGUGAAGGAAAAAAAGAAAUGUGUGAAAAUAAAGAGAGUAAAGAGUAAAUAAACCACGCCACGCCCACGAGAGAGAGAGAGAGAGAGAGAGAGAGAGAGAGAGAGAGAGAGAGAGAGAGAGAGAGAUGACGAGGAGGGUGUGCGAUUUGAAGCAGAAAGAAGCAGGUGAACACACACGCACACACACACACACACACACACACACACACACACACACACACACACACACACACACACACACACACACACACACACACACACACACACACACACCCGUGACGUUUCCUCUCACGCGUGUACGUACGUACGUGUGUGUGUGUGUGUGUGUGUGUGUGUGUGUGACGCGUCAGGCAGACAAAACAAAAACAACAAAAACUAACCUGCGAAUUCAGGAAACUAUGAUUACAGGAAGCCACAGGUGAACAAGAGAGAGAGAGAGAGAGAGAGAGAGAGAGAGAGAGAGAGAGAGAGAGAGAGAGAGAGAGUGUUCGAUCCCCUUAAAGAGAGUUGAAUCCUACUAUACGGAAAACAAAAGAGGAUUUCAAUGUAUAGACAUUUGAAUUCUUCCUUACCUGUGACAGUGGAUGGUGUUUGGAUCUCUCUCUCUCUCUCUGGAAUCUAUGGUGGUGGUGGUGGUGGUGGUGGUGGUGAAGGACAACACUCACACCAUCUAGUCAAUAAAUAAACAAUAAAUGAUGAUAACCAUAAAAGAAAGGAGAAUAAUUUAGACAAAUUGAAUGAAACGAGGAAGUGAAAAGGAAAAUUUAUAAGUCAAGAAUAAGAAAAAGGGGAGAGAUAACAGUAAGAGGACGGAAAAAAGGGGAAGAAAUUAGGGAAACAGUUUGAAAUAUGCUAGUGAGACAAGAUAUGAGAAAAAAAGAGAAAAGGAAAAGAAACAAAAUAUGCAAAAAAAAAAAACACUAAUUUAUCACAGUGAAAAGGAAAAAAUAACAAUAAGACGAAGGAAAAUAGAAAAAGAGAAAAGAAAAUAUAGGAAAACUUAGCCAUAGUAACAAAAUAUGAGAAAUACAGCAAAACAUGCCAAUUUACCACAGUCACCCUAUUAUUAACCCCCAUUUUCUACGACUCCAGCUUGGCCACAGAAGAUAAUAAGCGACCAUUUUUUUCCCUGCUCCAUAAAUCUUUCCCUACCUUUACUCUGUUCACCUGCCUUUUCCAUCACCUUCACUGGGACAGGUAACACACAGGUAGGCCUUAAUUAACCUGUCUGGGCGCUGCGUCUUCAAAUAUUAGAGGAAGACAAGGAAAAUAAAGGCGAAGAGGAAGUUGUUUAGGGAAAAAUACGUGGUGGAGAGCUGGAAAAUAGGGAUUAAUUAAUAGGUGGUGAGGAAUCUAGGGUAAAGUAAUAUACGGUGCGAUAUACAAAGGGUUAUUGAAUGGAAGGUGUCUAGGGAAGUUUAUGUGUGAAUAGGGAAGGAUAUAGGGAUGAAAUGAUAGGGAGAGGGUGAAAUGUAGGAAAUUAUUGCUCAAAUAUAGAGAAGUGUAAGGGAAAUUGACUUAAAAUACAGAGAAAUGUCAGGAAAAUUAAGUAAAGCUAGGGAACAAUUUGUUGGGGAUAAAUAGGGAAAGAGAUAGCGAUGAAUUGAAAGGGAGAGGGUGAAAUGUAGGCGGAAAAACGAGAAAUAUAGGGAAAUUAAGGUUAUAAGAAGAAUAUAGAAAAAAUGUAGGGGGAAAUAUAAGGGAAAAAAAAGAUGAAUUGAAAGAGAUAAUGUAAAAUGUAGGGAAAUUGUCAGAAUAUGGAGAAAUGUUAGGGAAAUUAAGGGAAAUAGGGCGGAAUAUGGAGAAAUGUUAGGGAAGGAAGAAAAAGAAGAGGAAAAAAAAAGUUUGAACCCGGAAAAGAUGAAAAAGUGAAGGAAAUUACAGAAAAUGAAAAUAAAGACUGAAAAAACAGGAAAACAAACGGAAAAAAGAAAAAAAAAAACAGGAAAAAAUAGAAAAAAAGGAGAAAAAUCUGUUGACUGGAAAUUUUGAACUGUAUGAAAAUAAAGAAUGGGAAAAAAGGGAAAAAUAGAAGAAAUAAAAGGAAAAAAGAUAGGAAAAUAAAGAAGGAAAAAGGGGAAAUGAAAAAAAACGAGGAAAAUUUGUUGACUGGGUAUUUUGAAACUGUAUAUGAAGAAAAUAGGAAUAGAAUGACUGUAGGGAAAAUAAAUGUAAUAAAAGGAAAAAGGAAGGAAAAGUAAUGAGGAAAAAUCUUGACUUUGAUGAAACUGAACUAUGUAUAAAAUAUUAAUAAUGAAAGUAUGCCUAAGGUGACGUGUGUGUGUGUGUGUGUGUGAGAGAGAGAGAGAGAGAGAGAGAGAGAGAGAGAGAGAGAGAGAGAGAGAGAGAGAGAGAGAGAGAGAGAGAGAGAGAGAGUAAAAAAAAAAUCUCUUAUUCCAAAGAUAUUUAAUGCAGUGUCUUAAUGUAUGUCUGUCUGUUUGUCUGAAUGUAUGAAUGCCCACUAUGUAUACCGUAUGCACACACCAUGUACGUAUGUAUGUAUGUAUGUAUGUAAAGUAUACACACACCACAUUAAACAAUUUUCUACACACGAGACGGGGAGAAACAAACAAAAACUAAAAAAAUAUACAAAAAUAAACAAAAAAAUAAAUAAAUAAAGAAGACAAAGACCGAAAA